AUGCCUGUCAAGGCCGGAGUCUGGGAGAACCCAGAAUUCCUCAUGGAGCUGUCCCUCGCACUCUUUCAGGUUGCCAGCGGCGGUGGCGCCCUGAGCACCCAGGCCAAGAGUGCCGUCGAGGCCUAUCUCAAGGCCCAGGGCCAUGAUCAGUCCUGGGAGUCUAUCCGCUUCACCUUUUUUUCUCUACACACCUCUGUCCUUGCCAUAGAUUCCUUUCGAUCACAAUCACUUCGCUCCAAAUCCAUCGCGUUUCUCAUCAUGCCUGAAAAGUCCAGCCGUCGCUGGGACGCCACAGCUCACGAAGCCCUGCUCUUCGCUAUGAUUGAAGAGUUCAAGCCAAACAAAGAGUCAAUCACGGGCAUCGUGGGUCAUUUGAGGGCCAUGGGCCACGAUUACACCUUUCAUGGAGUCAAUCAGCACAUCCAAAAGCUUCGCAAAGCUCGCGAUACGUCUGCUCUCGACGGUUCAGGAGACAGCUCAAAGCCUGCUACUCCCCGCAAGGCUACUCCUCGCAAGACCCCGACAUCUACCCGCAAGCACAAGGUAGAGAUGGACGAGGACGCCGAUGAGCUCGGCCUGGACAUCAAGAAGGAGGACGAGAAGGGUAGCAUGGCUACUCCGUCCAAGCGCCCUAAGAUCGAGUAA